AUGGCUGCCCCCAUGUCUGCGAAUGCCAUGAGAGCUCUCGAGCAAGUAAAGAUGGGCCUUUACAUGCUUUAUGGAGCCUCCUACUUCACCGAAGACGAAUGGAUCAAGAUUGACGGCUUGAUACAUAAAGGCCAAUAUAUCUUUACUAGCGGUCCGCCCAACAAUAUCAAUAUCCUCGACUCAAAGGACGAGCCUUUGCUAUCGUUCGACGAUACGACCGGGAGAGCAAACCAAUCUUUCGAUACGGCGAAGGAGGACUCUACAGUGGUUACGGAAAAGCCGCUAGACUCCCCCACCGAGUCGGAUCUGACUGAGCCGGCAGAGACGCCUAAUGAUACUUCUGUCGAGGCCACCGAGGCUUCAUCGGACGACGAACCUCCCAAGCCAGCGGACUCUGCUGUAUUCGAUUUUUCGCAAUGGGACCCUCCUACCGAGGUCCAAGAAACAAAACCCGUCAAUGUUGAAGAGCUUGGGAGCGAGCCUACCGAGAUUCCUAAGCGAGAACCAGUUGCUAUUCCUGCAGCAGGUGGGCUGGCCCUCGGAUACACACAAGAACAACUGGACGAGCUGAAGGCUUUCAACGCAACCCUGACCAAAGCUGGCAAGAAGCAGAAGCCAGACUAUGAAAAGAAGGAUCCUGGAUCCUGUAACUCUGAAAACGCGUCUACGGCCACCGAUGAGCAAGAGACACGGAUCAACUCAUGGGCUGAUGGUGUUAAAGCUCACGGACUGUCGCAAAAUUCAAAGACUGCCACCCAACCAGGCCAGCCUGCCGACCAGUUCACCAAGGCCCAAGGCCGGGCACCUCGAGUCAAUGACGAGGUCGUCCAUCCGAACAAUCCCAGUCCCAAAUCCAAGCCACUUGGCCGCCGUAUAGGCCCCGGCUCAACCAGCAGCGGUAGCCAUCUCAAGAAGUCUCCCGUGCCUACCGCCGAGUUCGGCAGCGUAGAGCGCAAGCUGAAUGUUCCACCCGGCACCGUCCUUCUCGCCCAUAGAGGCCAGGUCAAAACUAGUCAAAUGAGACUAGAAAUCCUGCCCGGCGAUCAGAUCGAGGUCUUUAGCCACGUUUCCGCCGUAACGCACUCGGGCCGAAACUUGCGGACUGGACAGAAGGGGCACUUCGCAGAGGACGUAGUCAUGUCAAACCCUGUCGAAAAAUCAAGCAAUGCCUGGGUCGAGCAGCGGCGGCUAAGUGCCCAGCAGAAGAGCCGAACGUUGAGCCUGAGCAGUGAUAUCCAUUCACUGGAUCGGAUUGAAAACAACAAUGCUGCCGAGUGGGACGAAAUUCCUAUCACUCGUCGAACGAGACCCCAUGUACCUGUCCAACCGAAGCAACCUGGUGGGCUGGGCGGGCUGGGAGCCAGUCGAUUUGCGCCACUGGUAGAUGAGGCGAAGAGUGUGAGCUCCGGAAGCGAGCACACGGACAUGGUCUCGAGAGAUGAGGUUUCCAAGCUGGUUGAUGAUAAAAUCGCGGAGAUCAGAGCUCAGAUGAUGGCUCCCCAGAAUGCCGUCGGUCACUCUCGCCCUUCUUACUAUAAGAACAAGGUCGGAAAAGAGCCCCUGAAGCCAGUGAUGCCCAAGACGCAGACAUGCUGGUUCUGGGGCACCCCAAACAGGACCUGCCGCUUCACCGCAGACGAGUGCCGUGACCUCCACAAAUUCAUCCCCGGCAGUGAACCCUUCUUCCCUAAAGGCACACCCUCCUGGGGCGCUCUCGCCGACUCCCUCGCGCCUCCAACUCAGGCUCAAAUCCAAGCCCAGCUCUCCCCUACCUCCCCUUCAUCCUUCACCCUCAACUCUCCUUCCACGCUAUCCAAGGUUAUCACUAACGGGAGCCCCACCGACGCCGAUGAAAGCUUCUUCGAUAGCUCUAGCAAAAGCAGCAAGUCGUGCUGGUACUGGGCGCACGGGUCCUGCGUCAACACCGCCGAGGAUUGCCGGUACCAGCACGCCGAGACCCCCCACGGCGUCGCUUCUAACCCCUCGAAGUGGAGGAAAGGGUGGUCGCGGUUGGGCUCGCCAUCUGUCGCGGCGGAUGAGUUUGGACGCAGCGAGCGCGUGGAUCAGGCUUGGCGCGUGACCGAAGUUCUCUCCGAAGACGGUGACGGUGAUGGGAAGGGUGAGAGUGCCGAGAGGGCCGAGAGGGCCGAGAGUACUGAGGCUGCCAAAAGUGAGAAUCUACCAGCAGCAGCAGCAGUGGUCGCGGAACCGGAACCGGAACCGGAGAAAGAAGCAAAGCCGAGCCUCCCACCCGUGGCCAGCGUGACGCCUACGAAGUGGCACCGGCCCUACGAAUGUACGCGUGGCUACGGCGAGAGCGCGCAGAAGGAGGGCCACUUUGGCAAAGAUGUGACCGCCCUCGAGACCCUCCCUCCACCGGGAUGGGAGAAAACACUGCCGUCGCACAUGCAGAGUCUGCUGGCCAAGGCCAAUGCUUCUGGGGACUCUCCGUGGUAA